AAAGAAAGCGUCUCAUCCUCGACCAUGACUCGAGACGACUGUACUGUGUUCAGUAGCGAUCCACAAUCCUGGGUUGGGCAGCACUUCUUGUCAGCUACACAGAUUACUUUACCGGCAUUGGAGCUACUUCUACGUGAGGCGGAGGCUAUGAAAGAGCUUGUGAAAGUUCAUGGCGGCGAUCUACGGUUGCAAGGACGCGUUUUAGGAAGUAUAUUCUUCGAACCCUCAACACGGACGACGUCAUCUUUCCAAGCGGCAUUUCAACGGCUUGGGGGAAGUUGCAUACACGUGAAUGAGUCCAGCUCCAGCGCGCAAAAAGGAGAGACUCUAAGUGAUACCGUGAGAUCCAUGGCAUGCUAUUGCGACGUUGUGGUCUUGCGGCAUCCUGUCCAGGGAAGCGUGCGCGAGGCUGCAAUGACCUGCCCAAAACCUCUUCUGAACGCGGGCGAUGGAACAGGAGAACAUCCCACGCAAUCACUGCUGGACCUCCUCACAGUGAAGCUGGAGGUCGGAGAGAUAAGAAAUAAGACAGUUGCCUUUGUAGGAGAUUUAAAACAUGGACGCACUGCGCAUUCUUUUGCGCGCUUGUUGUGUUUGUUUAGUGGCAUCCGGCUGAUCUAUGUGAGCCCCCAAUCCUUGGCGAUGCCGGAAGAAGUGAAGAAAUAUGUAGAUAGCCGUGGGAUUCAACAGCAUGAGUACUUUACGCUGGAUGAAGACGUGCUCGCGACCAUGGAUGUGCUCUACAUGACCAGGGUACAGAAAGAACGAUUCCCGAGGGCUGCGGACUACGAGAAAGUGAAGGACAUCUUUCGUGUAACGCCUCAAACCAUGCAACUAUGUAAGAGCUCGCUAGUCUUGAUGCACCCUCUCCCACGCGUUGGAGAGAUUGACGACCGAGUCGACCAAGAUCCACGAGCCGCUUAUUUCAGGCAAAUGGAAAAUGGCAUGUAUGCACGCAUGGCUCUGAUCGCUUUGAUAAUGGGUGUAUCGGGUGUUUCAAACCAUUGACCGACGCAUCCGCGAGAAACAAAGGAAAGUAUUGAAAUUCAAAAUUUUAA